AUUUUCUGUUCUCAGACAUUUUCACAUAGAUUAAAAUCCAGAGCUGUAUUCUUCAUGUGUCAACUAUCAACUGAAGAGAGAAAGGGAAGGAGAAAAAAUAACAGUGCUGAGCCCCCCGGAUGACCUUGAUUAUGGACCAUUGAUUCGGGCGACCCAGAGGUCAGCAUGAAACAAGCGCUGAACUUCAAGACACUGGCUUUAUUCGGACAAAUAUCUUUUUUAUCAUCUCAGAGUGUUUGAAAUGAGCUCCACGGCCAGAGGAACUCCUCUCAGUCUCGCUGUGGUGGUAAUACUCUUCUCAUUGGGAACGCCGUGGACUUUCCGAGAGGAGAAGGAGGAUGUGGACAGAGAAGUGUGUUCAGAGAGCAAAAUCGCAACCACGAAAUACCCGUGCGUAAAAUCCACUGGAGAGGUGACCACAUGCUACAGAAAGAAGUGCUGUGAAGGUUUUAAGUUUGUACUGGGACAGUGUAUUCCAGAAGACUAUGAUGUGUGUGCCGGCGCUCCAUGUGAACAGCAGUGUACCGAUCAUUUUGGCCGUGUGGUGUGCACCUGUUACUCUGGGUACCGCUAUGACCGGGAACGACAUAGAAACCGUGAGAAACCGUACUGCCUGGACAUUGAUGAAUGUGCCAACAAUAACGAGACGGUGUGCUCACAGAUCUGUGUGAACACCCCCGGCAGCUACCAGUGUGAGUGCGAGAGAGGCUUCUACUUAGAGGAUGAUGGGAAAACAUGCACCAAGGGCGAGAGAGCUUCGCUGUUUGAGAAGUCAGACAACGUCAUGAAAGAGGGAACAUGUUCGGCCACAUGUGAAGACUUCCAUCAGAUGAAGAUGACUGUUCUCCAACUCAAACAGAAGAUUUCCUUGUUGCCAAGCAACACAGAGGUCAAUAAGCAGAUGACCAAUGAAAAGAUGAUGAUGACACACUCGUUUUUACCUGGACCUCCUGGGACACCUGGGCCUUCAGGGAGCCCAGGACCCAAAGGUUUCCCUGGCCCCCCAGGACAGAUGGGGCCACCAGGUUUGCCUGGUCCCAGAGGAGACAUGGGGCCCAUUGGGCCCUCACCGGACCUGUCUCAUAUUAAACAGGGACGACGUGGCCCAAUGGGUCCUCCCGGGGCUCCAGGGAGAGAUGGCAUGAAGGGAGAGAAAGGGGUUCCCGGCCCUUCCGGACCUCCAGGCCCGCCAGGAUCCUUUGACUUCCUGUUACUCAUGAUGGCUGACAUUCGUAACGACAUCGCAGAGUUGCAGAACAAAGUGUUCAGCAGACCGUUGCACUCCUCGGGAGAGGACUUCCCGUCUGCCCCAGACAACUGGAGGGAUACCCAGGAAAGUCUGGACUUCGGCUCCGGAGAAGACUACAAACCCCAGAGCCCCCCCAAGAGCACCAGAAAGAGGAAAUUGCCCCGGACCUUAAACAAUCCUGGUUGGCCAAUUUGAGACUGUCCUCAGAGUCAGAACUGAAAGAAAGAACUGAUUAAAGAGAGAAUGAGUAUUGUAAAUAUCACAGAAUGACUGCUAUUUAACUGUAUACUCGCUGAAAAAAGGCUGAAUGUAUUUCAUUGUAUGAAAUCUCUAUUUUUAUAACAUAAAGGAUGUACAUUUUUGUAA